UCUAACUAUGAUUCUCAGAGAUGGGACAGGCUGCCGACGGGUGAAGUACACGAUUGGCAAAUAUAUCUGCUUGUAAACAUACUGCAUCUACCACAGAGCACUCCAUCCAUGGUUUAUCGACAUUUCUAUUCAGACCUCAUCGUGGCGCACAACCUUAGACGGACGAAAGCAACUUUUCUUUUGGUAUUGCACGUCCGUAUGAGUUCACAAGACAACUCCGAUCACAUAAUUGCGUAGAACUAUGGUCAGUAUUGUGUUUUUGUGAUUGAGAGAAGAUGUUGAUUUAGUUCAGUUCGAAUAUUAAGCAGAAUAAGAUUCGAGGCAGUCGAUAUUCAUGAACAUGACAUUUUAACGACCACUUCUCCAUUCUGUACAUGCUGUAUUGUUGGUCGAGUUUUCAAAUAGACUCUUAAGUUUUUGAGAGAGCGUGUUUAUGGAUGUCUGCGGAGAGGAGAACACUGGCAGUAGGCUCCAUUCUUACGCAAUAGUCAUGUUGAUACCGUGCUGUCUUCGUAAACUUUGAUAGAAGUUUACAGAAGAUACGUUUACGACAGGGACAUUUGAUUAACUAAUUAAGAAAAUCUAUUUGAGAAUAUAUUAAAUACUUUUUGGAGGAAGUGGGAAGCGCCUUUUCGCCCUGCCUUGUUUUCCCAAGACGUCAGAACGGAUUCUUAUCUCCUCCCCGCGCUACGGAGUUGGACUUGUAUCUAUUGUUCAACCAAAGUGUUUUAGGAUAGCAUGGCAAUGGUAGUAAACCAGUGGCAAGAGAACAUUUCGGCGGAUCCCGGGUCCCAGCUCCAGAUUUGCAGUCAGGAGCCUGGCGGAACACCGGGAACCCCCUCUGGUUCCACCCCGGGGAACGAUGCACUUUCCGGGGACAAGAUCCCCAACGUGGACUGCAUGGUGUGCGGGGAUAAGUCCAGUGGCAAGCAUUACGGCCAAUUCACCUGCGAGGGCUGUAAAAGCUUCUUCAAGCGUUCGGUGCGACGGAACCUCAGUUACACAUGCCGGGGGAACCGGGACUGUCCCAUCGACCAACAUCAUCGGAACCAAUGCCAGUACUGCCGACUGAAGAAGUGCCUCAAAGUCGGCAUGAGAAGAGAAGCUGUCCAGAGAGGCCGCAUGUCCAACUCCCAGUCUAGCCCGGGUCAGUACCUGACCAAUGGCAGCGACCCUUACAAUGGGCAGCCCUACCUAUCAGGAUUCAUCUCUCUGCUGCUGCGCGCAGAGCCCUACCCCACAUCCCGCUACGGUUCCCAGUGCAUGCAGGGAAACAAUUUGAUGGGCAUCGAGAACAUCUGCGAGCUGGCCGCACGGCUGCUCUUCAGCGCUGUGGAGUGGGCCAAGAACAUCCCCUUCUUUCCUGACCUUCAGCUCAUGGACCAGGUGGCGCUCCUGCGCAUGUCAUGGAGUGAGCUGUUUGUGCUGAACGCGGCCCAGUGCUCCAUGCCGCUGCACGUGGCYCCCCUGCUGGCGGCGGCUGGCCUGCACGCAUCGCCCAUGUCUGCGGAGCGCGUGGUGGCGUUCAUGGACCACAUCCGGGUGUUCCAGGAGCAGGUGGAGAAACUYAAGGUUCUGCAGGUGGACACAGCUGAGUACUCCUGCCUCAAAUCCAUCGUGCUCUUCACUUCCG